AUGGCUUCCACCCCCAAAUUUGUCAACCACUACCAGGUGCUGAGAAUUAGCUCUACGGCGACAGAAGCGGAGAUCAAGAAGGCCUUCCACAAGCAGUCGCUGCUUACCCACCCAGACAAGAUGGGAAACACCCCCAAGAAUCACGCCGCAUUCUGCGCCGUCAACGAGGCCCACAGGAUCCUUUCUGAUCCCAAGCUGAAACGUGACUACGAC